AAAAUCAUGGCAUUGGAGGUAGCAUGGUAUGAUUUUGUGUGUUUUGGCAUAGUUGGGAUGGCUUUUAUAGGUGCCUUGUGUGUGCUGGGAAUGAACGAAGGAGCCUCCCAAAGAGACUUUGACAGCGCAUAUGAGAGCCUUCUGUUGUCUCGACCUGACAAUGAAGUGGUCGUGAAUGUGUUGCCCAGAGGCCAUGUGAGCACCUCACAACUAUGGACCAGUUGUUGGCGAGGACUACACCCUUUUUACCUCCUUGUUACCCGUUUCUUUUCCUUUGUCAUCAUGAUCCUCUUCUUACUCUGGGAUCUUCUCCUAUACGAUGCAAGCAUCUUUGUGUACUACACUGAGUGGACUUUCACGUUGGUUACCAUAUAUUUUGCGCUAGGGAGUAUUUUAUCUGCAUAUGGAUGUUGGCAGUUCUAUAACAAACCUUCUCCUCGAGAUGGAGCAAGGGCUGAGUUUCUGAAAAGGGAUAUAGAAGAGACCAUGCCUACAAAUAUCAAUGCUUAUCAAGAGAAAGAAACCAAGGGUUCCAUCAAGUUGCAAAGCCGAUAUGUUGAAGAGGAGUUUCAACAAAGAGCAGGGUUUUGGGGUUACCUCGUGCAAACUACAUAUCAGACAUGUGCAGGAGCUGCCAUCCUAACAGACAUUGUAUUUUGGUGUCUUAUAGUCCCAUUCUUAUCAAAUUCUCAUUUAAGAUUAAGCCCGUUGAUGGGUUGCAUGCAUGCAUUGAAUGUAGCUUUGCUCCUGUUGGAUACAGCUCUUAAUAAUCUCCCAUUUCCUUGGUUUAGAAUCGCCUAUUUUGUUCUAUGGAGCUGUGGUUACGUCAUUUUUCAAUGGAUCAUCCACGCCUAUGGUUUUAAAUGGUGGCCAUAUCCAUUUCUAGAGCUUAAUUCCAAGUGGGCUCCUGUUUGGUAUUUAUGCUUGGCCGUGAUUCACAUCCCUUGCUAUGGCGUGUAUUCCCUCAUAGUGCGAGCAAAAAUUACGAUUCUCCCCAGAUUGUUCCCUCAAGCAUUUUUAAGGCCAUACUAACACAAAAAAGUUAGAACAU